AUGUUGCCGCCUUUCCUCAUCCUGUCACUCGUCGUGAAAUCCUUGGCGUCGAGGAAUAUCGUCCCGAGUAUAGGCAAGCCGGACUCCCAUCUAGAGUCCCUAGGGGGCAUCCUGGAAGGUCCUUUGGCAGGGUGGAAUGCGGUGUUCUACCUCGACCCCAGUCUGGAGGCGCAUGUCUGGGAAUACGUUCGAGGUCUUCUCACCGGCUGGAACGCAUCCCACGUCUUGGUCGACCUGGGGUCGGACGGCGCUCUGUGGUCGGAGGGGCAGUCGCUGGAACUGCUCCGGGGGGCCUUCAUGGUCCACGUGGUCGUGUUCCAGAACGACCCAACACCUUUUUUUGAAGCGGUUUCCUUCCAGUGGAAUCCUCAGUACCUACUUUUCUUCAGUGUGUCGAACGAGACCAAGAGUAACUUGCUUCUGGAAGAUGCCUUCAAGGGCAUCGAGAGAUUACUGCUUGUUGAGAAGACAUACCUUACAAGCUAUACAAAUAAACUCAUGUCAGGAAUGUUUACCUCGUUUCCGUUCGAAGAGAGAAAGAUCAAGCUCACUGGCAGCUGGAGCAACACGAAGUUUGCCUCAAAGGAAGACCUCUUCGUCGACCGCUUCGAGUCGUUCAGAGGUUACGAGUUCCAGCUUGGAACUUGGUUGGACGACUACCCUUACCUCUAUCAGUCGAAGACGAAGCCAGAGGGUUACGGCGAUGGCUUAGAGGUUGAGAUGCUCGACGCCAUGGCCAAAGUGCUAGACUACAAGUACAACUUAACGAAGGUAUCACCUGACAUGAUGUGGGGGGCGUUCGAGAAUGGAUCAUGGAACGGGAUGCUGGGGAUGGUGCACCGCAAGGAAAAGAACUUCACCGUCAACUACUUCGUCAUCACAGGCGAGAGAAUCGACGCCUUCGACGCCACCGUCUCCUACUGGAUGGAGGGAUUUGGGAUGUCGUUGAUGUCCCCGCCGCCGCUUCCGAAGUGGAGGGGAGCUUACUAUCCUUUCACGCCCUACAUGUGGUUCUACCUUGCCGUCACCUUCGUCAUCGUCUUGAUUAUCAUGUCAAUACAGGAUAUUCUGCAGCCCGAGCCCUUUCUGGGUGGCGUGGGCUCCACGUGGUCGUACCUCCUGCGGGCGAUGUUCAACAACAGCAUCCCGCGCCUGCCGAAGGCCCAGUGGCAGCGCCUGUUCGUGGGGUCUUGGUGGCUGUACUGCUUCAUCGUGACCACCGCCUACACGGCCAACCUCAUCGCCUUCCUCACCAUCCCGGUCUUCCCCGGGCGCAUCCAGACCGUCAAGCAACUCGCAGAGAGCGAUUACAGGGUCUUCAUGUUCGAUUACGGGGAGUUCGUGCCAGGAGCCCUGAAGACGUCAAAGGACCCUUACUACAGGGCCCUCGGGGAUAGGCUGGACCUCUUCCAGAACUACAAUAACUCCGUAUUCCCCAUGCUGGACGGGACGUACGCUUAUAUCGAGAGCUUCUCUUAUAACCGUAUUCUUGUUUACGUGGAAUAUAAGGUGGAGAACUCGUACAUGUUAAGGGAGCAGCUGUACCCGGGCCACCUGUGCUGGUACUUCCAAAAGAACACGGCCUGGAAGUACAAGUUCGACCAUGGCAUACGACGUCUUGUGGAAUCCGGUCUGAUCGCACACUGGAUCGAGGUCAAAACCGAAGACUUCCUGGGCCGUGACUUCGACAGAAAGCAGAAGCUGCGAGCCAAGGAGAGGGAGAAACAAGCCCUGAGCCUCGACCACCUCCAGGGCGUGUUCUUCAUCCUCGCCAUGAGCUGGGCGGCGGGCGUCGUCGUGUUCGCCGGCGAGGUCCUGCGGUGUGAUCUCGACGAAUAA